AUGGACUCAGUGUUUAACGAUGAUAUCAGCAUCAUCGCACAGGAAACCCUGGAGCAGGACGACGAAGAAGAGGACUGGGUGGACAGUCCCAACACCGAGCAGUCCGGGGACAUGUGCUCGGCCUCGCAUUUUGCUCUGAUCACCGCUUACAGUGACAUCAAGGAGAGGCUGAGUACCCUGGAAAGGGAGAAUGUGACCCUGCGGAGGCGGCUCAAAGUGUAUGAAGGAAAGUAUCCCAUCAUCUCAGAGUUUGGAGAUGAUCAGAACUUUUCACUGUAUGACUCCAAAGAGGAUUCACUGCUUCGAACAGAUGCUUCCCAGCAAGAGCUUCAGAACAGCCAGGAGAAUGAAAAACAACUGGGAGAGAUGGUGCGAGCAUGCGAGAAAAUAUGUGCAGAGCGCUGUGAGCUGCAUGAGGAGCUGAGCGAGAUGAAGGGUUUGGUUUUGACCCAUGUUGCUCACAUCCAGUCUCUGGAGCAGCAGUUACAGCUGUGCACUGAACCACAUCCCUUCCCAGGCUCUGUACUGUCCGACCCAGACAUGCAGUAUCUAUCAUUGCAUCGUGGUCCGGAAAUGCCAAAUGUUCUAGAGCACCCAAUGACUUGGCAGGCGCCCCGUAGCCUGGACCUGCAGCGGGAUGUUGUGGCACAGAGGCGAGAUGCGGAACUGGAGGAGGCAAGGAGAGAACUACAGAAUGCACAGCGCAGAGAGAAGCAGCUCAAGGAGGAUGUUCUGCGUCUGGAGGAAGAGCUAAAACGGCUGCAAGAGACCAGAGAACAGGUGCUGGCUACAGGACAAACACAGAGAGAAAUGGCUUGGCUGAAAGAGGUUGGGGAUGACCAGGUGAAUCUCGCUCUGGCCUACACUGAACUGACAGAGGAAUUGUAUCGCCUCCGCGACCUCACUGCUCUACAAAGCCGUAUCCUGAGGAAUCUGUUGGAAGAGCAGACAGGCCAAAGACACUCACCUCCACACCGCCACUCUCCCUGCCCCCUUAGACACUCACCCUCAUCUAUCCGUCACUCCCCCUCUUCUCAGCGCAGGUCCCCGAUUCCACAGUGCCCUUCUCCAAUUCUGCAGAGGAGAUCUCCUGCUCCUCAAUCUCCUGCUCACCAACGCCGCUCCCCUGUGCCCCCUUCUUCCCCCUCUAGACGUUCUCCUAUCCACACACCAUGUCCUCCUGUAGUGACUGAGCUUUCAUAUCCCAAGCCCCCAACCCACCAAGUAAAGGCUUCCUUCCAGGCACGUAGAAGUUACUCUGAAAUAAGUGAGCCCACUCUUUACACAAGGGCGCCUCGUUCCCUUUGGUUGCCACCAGGAACAAGCACCUUACCCAAGCAGCGUUCCUACAUUGAAGGGUACACUGGCAGUCCCCCUGCCAGUUCCUGUUUCCAUGACCCUCCCCAGCAGUCUUCAGAUGAAGAUGAAUGGAGUCCCCCAUCGCCUCCCAGUCCUGAACCUGGAGCUGUGCGUUGUGCAUCAUUUUGUGCUGGGUUUCCCAUCCCAGAUAUAGCCAGCAGGAGGAUGUCUGCAUCAUAUUCACGCUCCGAGCAUGCACAGUCCUGGCCUUCCAUCAAUCUCCUAAUGGAGACCGUAGAUUCAGAGGUACGGAGCUGCCCCCUUUGUCAGCUGGCAUUUCCAGUGGGAUACCCAGAUGAUGUAUUAAUCAAACACAUUGACUCACAUCUAGAAAACAGCAAGAUCUAAAAGGAGGAUCCCUUCAAUGAAGAGAGGGCUACUGGCUCCGAGUAGAGCCUUUCAUCCCCCCAAGAACUAUAUUGGCACCCACGGAGCAGAAUAUGCUGCAGUGUAUAGUAAUACUUUUUUAUACACUAAUUCCAUGCUGUAUAAUGAUGCUGCGUAUUUGUACACUGGUGAUAAACACACUGCACUGUAUAAUGAUGCUGAGUGUCCCUACACUAAAAUAAACUAAUGAUGACAAGUAUCUCUAUACACUGAGCACGCUCUACUGCUAUGGUAAUGCUAAGUAUUUGUACACUGAUAAUAUGUUGCACUGUAAAAUGAUCCUUAGUAUCUAAACACUGAUAAUGAUCAUGAUGUACUGUAUGGUGAUGCCAAGUAUCUGUACACUGGCAAUUAUCUGAUUGCACACUGUAAUGGACACAUCACAAUAUGUAAAGAUACUGAAUCUCUGUACAGUGAUGAUGACCAUGCUUUUGUGGAUUAGAUGCUGAGUAUCUUAUUGUUGUGCUAUACCAACUGGCUACUCCUUCCAGUAUAAGGGGCCCAUACGGUGACAAGCCCCUGUCUUAAUAGUAGAACCGAAACCUAUUAGGUAACUGAAAUGUUACCAUCAUUGACACCUAGAAAAGAAAGUAACCUUCCAAAGCAGUCAGCACCACUCCCUGAGCAUAGUGAAAGUUUUAUAACUCAUGCAAUACAAAUGCCAUCUUUCAAACAAGGAGGAGGAGGACUGAGAUUCUGGAAAAUUUGGAAUCUGAAAAGAUAGAAGUGCCAAAAAGUAUUGAAUGUGCAAAUAAAUGGACUUUACACCCUCCCUGCUCUAGUUAGCCUCUUUGUCGCCAGAGUGGCCUGCAGUAUAUUACCAAGAUCUCUCUGUAGCAUGCAAAUCAAUGUUUCAGUCAGGCCCUGGCACAUAGGGGGUUAAAUAAAAAGCUUCCUAAUGGAGGGGGGCUCCUCUCACUUGACGUAUUAUACCUCAGCCCCCACCCUCUACGUGUAUGUAUAUAUAUGUGUGUAUAACUAUAUAUACUUGUGUAUAUACACAACGCCUGCAUAUAUGUCUGUAUUCCUGACUUCUGGUCUGAUGUCUUCCCACAAUGUCUGGUCUACCAAAGCUGUGAACCAGGGGUGUCUGCAGAACAUCACUGUUCAUGUUAGACUCUGCAUAACCCACAUACUGCUCUGCAGUAGUGUGAGUGACAGGUGUGCUGCUCUGCAGUAGUGUGAGUGACAGGUGUGCUGCUAUGCAGUAGUGUGAGUGACAGGUGUGCUGCUAUGCAGUAGUGUGAGUGACAGGUGUGCUGCUCUGCAGUAGUGUGAGUGACAGGUGUGCUGCUCUGCAGUAGUGUGAGUGACAGGUGUGCUGCCCUGCAGUAGUGUGAGUGACAGGUGUGCUGCCCUGCAGUAGAGUGAGUGACAGGUGUGCUGCCCUGCAGUAGAGUGAGUGACAGGUGUGCUGCCCUGCAGUAGAGAGAGUGACAGGUGUGCUGCUAUACAGUAGUGUGAGUGACAGGUUUGCUGCCCUGCAGUAGUGUGAGUGACAGGUUUGCUGCUCUGCAGUAAUGUGACAGGUGUGCUACUCUGCUUGCGCAGUAUUCUGCGUGAUUUGCUGCUUUGAAGAGCUCUAAGUGACAUGCUGUUCUGCAGACCACUCUGCUGCACCCACAGUUUAUUUUGCAUAUUUCUGUCCUGUGAAAAAAUUAAUAAAAAGUGCUCUUUUUUUUAACAAUGA